AUGAGAGGCAUUGAUGCACCCGAGCUUAAAAUUCCUAAUGGGAAGGAAUCAAAAGAUGCAUUGGUGAAACUCAUUGGUGGGAAAAGUGUCACAAUUUAUGUGUAUGGACAGGACCAGUUUGGGCGUUACGUGGGAGACAUUUAUUGUGAUAAUGUGUUCAUCCAGGAGCAAAUGCUGAAGAGUGGUCAUGUAUGGCAUUUCAAGACCUACGACAAGCGCCCAGAGUUCGCACAGUGGGAGAGAGAGGCAAGAGCUGCACACCGAGGGCUUUGGGCAUCAGAGAACCCGGAGAAACCGUGGGAUUGGAGAAGAGAUCAGCGCAUGCAAACAUUCAGGUCUACUGAUGGAGCUGAACUUAGUGUUUAG